UACUCACCCCUCGUGGGUACUCUCACAUCUCUCGCACUUUCAUCAACUCAUAUUAUAAUAACACUCACACUCUCACGCUCCCCAAAUCACACACACAUACAAUUUAUUGUAAACCCUAACCCUAAUUUCACCCCCAAUUCAAUUUAAUUCAAUUCUGAUCAAAUCAUGAAGGGCGACAAAUCAAGCGGUGGAGCUACAAAAGCCAAUACCAAGUUGGCUGUGAAGAAAGGUGGAGGAAAGGGGAAAGCUGCUAAGGAUCCAAACAAGCCUAAGAGGCCUGCUAGUGCCUUCUUUGUUUUUAUGGAGGACUUCAGGAAGCAAUUUAAAGAGGAGAAUCCUGAUAACAAUUUGGUUUCUGCUGUUUCUAAAGCUGGCGGAGCAAAAUGGAAGGAAAUGUCAGAUGCCGAAAAGGCACCUUUUGUUGCCAAGGCUGCGAAAAGGAAAACAGAAUAUACGAAGAACAUGAAAGCGUACAACAACAAACAGGCUGCUGGAGGUGACGAUGAGGGAAAUGAUUCUGACAAAUCUAGAUCAGAGGUGAACAAUGAGGACGAGGACCAAAGUGGAGAUGAGGAAGAUGAUGAAUGAAGUAGGAACUGGGUAAAGUGUUUGCCUCUUGAUCGUUUCAAUGUUACCCUGUUUUAUAGUUUUAUAUAACUGUCAGUACAAUUUUGAUUUUUCAGUAACCGUUAGUUAUGUUUACACACUUUUUCCAAUAACUGAACAUCAGUGUUUAGAAUAGCUUUUAUCCUUUGUUGCCUUAAUGUUCUUUUUUAUCUUCAAAA